CCAUGGCCCAACAGCAGAUGAGCAGCUCGCAGAAGGCGCUGAUGCUGGAGCUGAAGUCGUUGCAGGAGGAGCCGGUGGAGGGCUUCCGCAUCACCCUCGUCGACGAGUCCGACCUCUACAACUGGGAAGUGGCGAUUUUCGGUCCCCCCAAUACUCUCUACGAGGGCGGGUACUUCAAGGCUCACAUUAAAUUUCCUAUUGACUAUCCAUAUUCACCACCUACCUUCAGAUUCCUGACCAAAAUGUGGCACCCCAACAUUUACGAGAAUGGAGAUGUAUGUAUUUCAAUUCUUCAUCCACCUGUAGAUGACCCACAAAGUGGAGAGCUACCAUCUGAGAGGUGGAACCCUACCCAAAAUGUCAGGACUAUUUUACUGAGUGUAAUCUCUUUGCUUAAUGAGCCCAACACAUUCUCUCCUGCCAAUGUGGAUGCAUCUGUCAUGUUCAGAAAAUGGAGGGACAGUAAAGGAAAAGACAAGGAGUAUGCUGAAAUCAUAAGGAAGCAGGUUUUGGCCACCAACGCUGAGGCAGAGAAGGAUGGUGUGAAGGUCCCCACUACGCUGGCAGAGUACUGCAUCAAAACUAAAGUGCCUUCCAAUGACAACAGUUCAGAUUUGCUUUACGACGACUUGUACGAUGACGACAUUGAUGAUGAAGAUGGGGAGGAGGAGGAUGCCGACUGUUCAUAUGAUGAUGAUUCUGGCAACGAGGAGUCGUGACCUGCUCCCUCAGUGCCCCUGUACUGCCCUGCCAUCUCAGGCCAGAAGGGAGCAGUGCUAACCUAGCAGCAGUCCAGCAAAAAAGUGUGUGGGGGGGAUUAAAAAAAACUUUUGUCUCCUGCUGUCUCCUGUUGUAUGGAUCUGUUUGCUCCUUUUUUAUGGACCUCCUAGAGACCCUCCACAGAAUGUCUGAAUUCUUGCAUUCUUAACCCUUUCAUCACUGUAUUAUGAUUUCUUUUUAAAAAAGAAACUUCCCUUUUCACUUCUCUACAAAACGCUCACAGCAAAGCCAGGUUUGCUCGCGUUUAGAUUCUUGAAUUAAAUACAGUCUUGCAUUGAGUUGUUUUAAUGUAUUUAAAGCUGGAACGAACCCCUUGAAAGCUGGAUUUUUUUCAGGAGCUCAAGUGCUGCAUUUACUGGGAAGGAAAAAAAAUCCACACAAAGCAAAUUGGCAAGGUUUAGCUGCUCCAUUUACAAUAAUAGCGUGUGUACCUUCGUUUAGCCUUGUGGUGGUGGCUUUUCCUUUAUAAGGUGUGGGGCGGAGAGUGUAAAGCUACUGUGUGUUGAGCUUGAUGGGAUGUCACUGAAAGGUACAGUAUUCCUUUUCAGCCUGCUCAAGUUAAGAAAUAGCUGGCCCCUGGAGCUCCAGAGGGCACAGUCAGCUUUGUCUCUGAAAAAGGCUUGUGAUAUGAACCCUAAAAUAAACACUUAACACUUCAUGUCUAUACAACUGAGCCCUGGGUUGCCUUUUUUUUUUUUUCCCUGCCUUUUUUUUUUAUUUCCUGGACUAUAUUGGGGAUGAAAAAGUUCAGUUUAGCUGUGCUGCUGCACUCUUGCAAUCUGCUGCUAGCUCCCCCUCUCCUGGGGGAGAAGAGGUGCAUAUCCUGCUGCCCAAUGGACCAGUAUUCAUUUCAGCAAUGGGACAGAGUGAUAGCCUCUUCCUGACCCAGUACUUGCUAGCAGCCUUUGCUUCCUGAGCCUUCUGUCUAUUGCUUAUGUAGGUCACGUCUUGGUAAAUGCAGCUCUCUGUGGUCAGCAGAAGUCAGAGCUCCCUUUGCUGUCUGCCUGCGGCUUCCAGUGGCUUGCUGGGGCAUGGGGCAAAGGGGAAGGACUCUGGGCACUCCCCUGCCUGCUGGGCUGGGACAGAGGUGAGCAUGUAGAGUGCCCUGGAGAUGAGUACACAGUGCUUUCAGGCUAGAGAAGGCCAGUACAAGGGUUUGAUAAGCUCCUUCACACCAUGCUGCAGCUGCUGCACUGAGCUCACCUUCCUGCAUGUUUUUGGGAGCUCUUGCCAGAGCUUGGGGCACUCCCUGAUGGGUAGGGGGGCAAUCCUGCAUGCUUGUAUCUGCAGAACACUCUUCCUCAGUACCAUUGCCUUGUUGCAGUGUGCUGCUGUUGUUUGGCUGUGGUGCAGUGGCCUGAAAUCGCCUUUCACAUAGUCCUUUUUUCAGCAACCAGCCCUGCCCUCCAGCACUCAGCCCUGGCACCUCCAGGAGCAGAUCUUAGAUGCUGGCCCUGCUUGGGUGAGACCCUCUAACCCCACAAGUGCUGAAG